CAAAGCCUGCUAAUAUUGAGUAAGCGAGCCAGAGCUGAAGAAUUGGUCCAAAAGCUGAAGUGGCCCAAUUUCAGUAACGAGCACAUUUUCCGCACGCUUAAUUAACGACCAACCACCGCCACCGGACAAACUAGUCAAACCACCACUACUCACGGCGGGUGACACCCAAUUGUGAGCUGAUGGCCAGUCUCAUCGGCGUAUCAUCUUCCCCUUAUCCCACCCAAACCUCUCAUUUCCCCCCAUCUCGCUCUAAUUCUAUAUCUUCCCUCAUUCAACUCAAGAGAGAUUCAGCGCAGCGAUUGUUGUUGCUUCGAGUGAGCUGCUCAUCGAGAAAGGUCGAAGAUGCAGAGACAGAGUCAGAACCUAAGGUGGUGUUAUCAAAUACUUCUGCUGACACAAGCAUUUCAGCAUACAAUUGGUGUGCAGCACUUGGAGGUGUUGGGUUUCUCGAAACUUCUUACUUGACGUACCUCAAACUCACCAACUCCGAAGCAUUUUGUCCUGUUGGUGAUGGUAGCAGCUGCGGCAACAUCCUUAACAGCAGCUACUCAGCUGUGUUUGGUGUUCCUCUUCCGUUGAUUGGUAUGAUUGCUUAUGGAGUAGUUGCAGUACUUGGGAUACAAUUGGGCCAGAAAAGGAUGCCGCUUGGAAUUGGUGAAGCUUAUGGGCGUUUGCUUUUACUUGGAACAAGUACUUCCAUGGCAGCAGCCAGUGCAUACUUCUUAUACAUCCUAAGCACACAAUUCUCUGGAGAAUUUUGCCUGUACUGUUUAGCUUCUGCCUUAUUGUCGUUUGGUUUGUUCAUCAGCAGUAUAAAGGGUCUGGGGUCUCAAGAGGUGCAAAAAGAGGUGGGUUUACAGUUACUUAUAGUUCUCUUGGUGGUUUCCACCCUAAACAAUUCAUACAGUGCCUCUCAGCCGACAAAUACCAGUUCUGCUAUGACUGAACUGGAAUAUUUCACAACUGAGAUAAAAUCACCGUCGACACCUUUUGCUAUUUCCCUAGCUAAGCACCUGCGUUCAAUUGGAGCAAAAAUGUAUGGGGCUUUCUGGUGUUCUCACUGCCAGGAACAAAAAGAGAUGUUUGGACGAGAAGCAUCAAAGCUACUAGACUAUGUGGAAUGCUUUCCUGAUGGAGUCAAGAAAGGAAUUUAUAUGGCCAAUGCAUGUCAAGAAGCAAAACUAGAAGGGUUCCCUACAUGGAUUAUCAAUGGGGAGGUGCUGAGCGGAGAGAAAAAGCUUUCAGAGCUGGCUGAACUGUCUGGUUUCACUAUGAACGAACUCACUGAGGCUAAAUAAGCUUCUUUGACUAACACAACCAAAUAUUCUUAGGGUAUCAAAGUUUAUAUCUUUAUUAUUGCCCGCUGGUAUUUAUUUUGUUUCAUACUGUAAUUAUCUUAGUAUAUUGUAAACUGAAUAGAUAGCGUCAUAAAUGAAUCCGAGUGGAUUGUCUUCUGAGUAUAUAUAUCAACUCUAUUACCCGCAAGUAUAUGAAUUUUGUGGUCCUGUUUUCUGCUAA